AUGGCGACGGAACGUUCCUUGGCCACGCUGCUGCGGUCGCUACAGGCGACUUCUAGCUUCCAAGAUGCUGCUGGUCUCCUACCUACAGUUACAAGCUUCCUGUCUAUGCUAGGGAACCCGUUGAAUCUGACACUUCUCGCAUCGCAACUUCUUACCGCUCCUUCGCUUUGGAGUCAACCAGUCGACCUUCAUGCUUGCCGCAAGAUCCUGAGCGUCUUCAAUACUGCUGCUAUUGCCGUCUUGCAGAAUGACACCACUGAUGAGCCACGGAUACCCUACGGACGGAAUCGGAAAAUCGAGUGUGAUGCUUGGGUUAAGGCUAUUGCGGAGGGCGCCGAUGAUAAGUCCCCGCGAUGGCGGCAUACCCUCUUGCUUGGUGGUAUCCUGAUGGGAUUCGAGGGCCAGAAUCGUCAGGGCUUACCACGGAAUAUUCGAAUCAAGCUUGAGUCUGCGCUUGCGACUGCUGCACAACUUGCGUUGGAGGAAUUGAGUCCCGACGCUGGGAUCGAUGCGCAGUGUAUCACCAUGGUGCUGAAUUAUACAUUCGAGCUCCUGUCAGAUCUUGAGAGAAGCAAGAUUGAUUAUGAUCGUUUGCUUCCGGCAAUGAUUCAAUCGGCUUACUUGUCUUCGGAGGGUCUUGAGGGUGGAUACUUCUUAGGAUCUAUUGAUCAAGAUGUCGUCGAGGCUCCCGGUAAACAAUUUCGAUGGUCGGCCAAUUCCCCGACCUUUAGUAUUGUGUCGGCAAUGGCUGCACGUCCGCUUGUGUCGACAUUAGGUCCUCUUUCUCGUCUGAUUGCACAUUCUAUUGAUAAUGCGCGCGAUCCAAGGAUCGUUGCCCACACAGUUGAUCAGCUGGCUGACUUUGUUCGAACCCUGAUGGUACAAUGGCGGCAAAACAAAUUGUCUGAAAUUGAUGUUGCAGAGGAAGCUGAGUUCCUCGAUGCAGAAUCACGCGAGAAAACACUUCCCGCGCUUUGGCAAAUGUUGCGCAAUUGCUUAUACUCAGUGGUCAUCGCACUCAGAGCUGUGUUGGGGAGAACUAUUAAUGACCCGGCUCUCGCUGCCAACAGUAGUGCACCAUAUCUUUCGAUGCAAGCACUUCAUAUUCUUCGCAACAUGUACUUCAUCUCUUCUCGGAUCGGUCAGAAUGCCUCGUCGCAACAGACAUUUGUCUUGCUGGCAGCUAUCGAUAUCCUUUCCCAAUACCCAGAUCUCGCUGAGAACUUCUUGCGAAGUAUCAAACCCAGCGAGAUUGGACAAAUUCCAGCUCAUCCAGUCGAACGGUGCCUGGACCUCUUUUUUUUGAAUGCCGCGGAGCAUUUCCCUCUUGUUCUAUCGCCUGUGCUUAACGAGGAGCUACUCCUAUCGGCUGCAUUCCCAUAUCUUGCAGCUGGUGCAAACCACCUUCUUCUGGAAAUCUUCGAAGCUGCCCACAGCCUGGUGCUUGUCGUCUUCGCCAUUCCUCAUAACUCGGAACUAGCAGCAAAGCACCUCCCCUUCUAUAUUGAUAACCUAUUUGCUGUCUUCCCGCACAACCUUUCUGCUCGUCAAUUCCGUCUCGCGUUCAAGACCGUCAUCCAGAUCACAGCACCUCCUUCACCAUUAGCGAACAGCCAACCUCUUUUGCCAUCCAUUCUACUUGAAGUCGUUCAUGACCGCGCUCUCAAGGCUUCCUCCACACUUCUCCCGGCCCAGGGUACAAAUCCCGAUUUAAGUCAAGGUCCACCUCUCUCCGAACAAGCCGUCUUGACUCUUGCUCUCAUUGAUUCUCUUUCCUUCCUCCGAGUUGACGAUCUGAAGGAGUGGCUUCCCCUGGCGGCACAACUAAUCAAUGCAAUUGCUGACCGCAACAUGCGGCAUACAUGUAUUGAUCGGUUCUGGGAAGCUUUAGCUGGAGGCGAGAUGGAUGUCGACCGUGCUCACUGCUGUGUCACUUGGUGGAGCACCGAGGGGGGACGUGAACUUGUCCUCUUCGGAGCCGAGACUGCCCCCAGUGAGUCGGAUGAGAGUGGGCCUUACAUGAGUGGUGCUGUCGGUAGUGUUGCACCUGAGAGUAAGCUAUAA